UGCGCAGCGCCGCCGCCGCUGCUCCCGCUCCGCGCACAAUGGCGACUCCCAGCCCCAGCGGCGGCUCCGGGGGGAGCGGGAGCGGGCCCGGCCCGGGCGCCGCCGGCAGCAGCAGCAGCAGCAGCAGCAUGCAGGGUAAACGCAAAGCGCUGAAGUUAAAUUUUGCAAAUCCACCUUUCAAGUCCACAGCAAGAUUUACUCUAAAUACUUCUGGAGUUCCUUUCCAAAAUCCACACAUAGAGAGACUGAGAACACACAGCAUUGAAUCAUCAGGAAAAUUGAAGAUUUCCCCUGAGCAACAUUGGGAUUUUACAGCAGAGGACUUGAAAGACCUUGGAGAAAUUGGACGAGGCGCUUAUGGUUCUGUCAACAAAAUGGUCCACAAACCAAGUGGGCAAAUUAUGGCAGUUAAAAGAAUUCGGUCGACAGUGGAUGAGAAGGAGCAGAAGCAGCUUCUGAUGGACCUUGAUGUAGUGAUGAGAAGCAGUGACUGCCCGUACAUUGUUCAGUUUUAUGGCGCACUCUUCAGAGAGGGUGACUGUUGGAUCUGUAUGGAGCUCAUGUCUACCUCGUUUGAUAAGUUUUACAAAUAUGUAUAUAGUGUAUUAGAUGAUGUUAUUCCAGAAGAAAUCUUAGGCAAAAUCACUUUAGCUACUGUGAAAGCACUAAACCACUUAAAAGAAAACUUGAAAAUCAUUCACAGAGACAUCAAACCUUCCAAUAUUCUUCUGGACAGAAAUGGGAAUAUUAAACUCUGUGACUUUGGCAUUAGCGGACAGCUCGUGGAUUCCAUUGCCAAAACGCGGGAUGCAGGGUGCCGGCCGUACAUGGCGCCGGAGCGGAUAGACCCCAGCGCCUCGCGGCAGGGCUACGACGUGCGCUCCGACGUCUGGAGCUUGGGCAUCACACUGUACGAGCUGGCCACGGGGCGAUUCCCCUACCCCAAGUGGAACAGUGUGUUUGACCAGUUGACACAAGUAGUGAAAGGAGACCCACCACAGCUGAGUAACUCAGAGGAAAGGGAGUUUUCCCCAAGUUUCAUCAACUUCGUCAACUUGUGCCUUACAAAGGACGAGUCCAAAAGGCCAAAGUACAAAGAGCUUCUGAAACAUCCCUUCAUCCUGAUGUAUGAGGAACGCACAGUGGAUGUUGCAUGCUAUGUUUGUAAAAUCCUGGAUCAAAUGCCAGCAACUCCCAGCUCUCCAAUGUACGUGGAUUGAUACUGCUGCUACAUCAAACUCUAGAAAAAGGGCUGAGAGAAAACAAGCUGUAAAGAAUUUUCAUCACAUAUUGCAGUGUUUUUAAUGCUCGCCCAGACACCAUGUGCAAUAAUAUUGGUGUUAUUUCCAUCCUGUCUGUAUACUGUUGUCACAUAUAAAGUGCAUCCCUGUAAUACCUGAUCACACAGUGUUAGUGUUGGUCACAGAGAGACCUCAUCUUGCUCUUUUGUGGACAUAUUCAUGAAAUGUGGAAAUAAGUACAUAUAUUUGUUGACUGUGAUUGGAUAGCACCUAAAAUUCAUUUCUAGACUCAAAACUUGGAGACUCCUCAGCAGCUACUGGAAAGAUUUUUCUCUCAAACUCUUCCGAUUGUUGUUUCAAGUAAUAAUAAAAAGCAAACAAACAAAAGUUAGGCGUUGUCUGUCUGAACAUUAAGAGACUUUGCCUGGAGGGAGAAGAACUUGCUUAACCAACGAGAUGCUUUGCCUUCUGGAGCUGGAAAGGCAAAGGAGAAUUUUAUUCUUCACAAAGUGCAAUAGAUUUACUGCUAUGAAAUUCUGUUGCUUUACAGUCGCAGUGUACUUUCUGGGGACAGUGUGCUCAGCUGAACUUCCUGUUAAAGAGAGAUCAUGUUAAAUAUAGUGAAUAUGUCUUUACCAAAAAUAUGUUGCGUUGAAAGAGGCUAACAUUAAACUAUUGAGAUGGGACAUAAUGUAUUCUUCCUCCUUUUACCAAGCCAGCCACUCUUCACUCUUAACUAGGUGUCCUGUAAAUUGUUACCUGGUAAGAUAAGACCUUUGACCUGAAGAAUUAUUAAACUACUUGAUUGAAUUUAA